CUUGAAUGUGUUCACAAAAAAAACUUCUUGGUUGAAGGUGCAAGUACAAGGAGUAAUCCUCUCAUAUUUGGAAAUAAAGAUAAAGAGAGAGGAAGAGAUUUGAGUUUCAUCACUAAUCCUAUCUUUUUCUUACCAUCCUAUUGAGAGAAAAAAAAUGAGUAAAGAAGAGUUCAUGAACAUCCAGAGUUGUGUUCUUAAAGUGAAUAUACACUGUGAAGGUUGUAAGCUGAAAGUCAAAAAAAUCUUGCAGAAAAUCGAAGGUGUUUUCGCGACCAAGAUUGAUGCAGACCAAGGGAAAGUGACUGUCUCUGGGAGCGUAGAUCCUUCAAUUCUCAUCGAGAAGCUCACCAAAUCUGGAAAACAUGCUGAGAUAUGGGGAGCACCAAAGGGUGACAACAAUCAUAAUCAGUCUCAUUUGGCGAAUCAGCUGAAAGGAAUGCAAAUUGACAACGGAAAAGGCGGCGGCGGCAGUAAGAAUAAUAACAACGAUAAAGGCCCCAAGAUUGGUGGAGGUAACGAUAAUCCACAACAGAUACAGAAGAUGAAAGGGUUUCAAGAACGGAUGUUUCCUCCACAGUUAAAGGAUUUGAAGGGUUCUGUUCCUGUGGACAAAAACCAAAACCAGAAAGAAAAGUUCAAUGUUCGGGAGGAGGAUGAUUUCAGUGAUGCUGAUGACGAGUUUACUGAUGAUGAUGACGACGAGUUUGAUGCUGAUGAUGAGUUCGAUGCUCUCCCUUCUGAUAAAAUGAAGCCUAACAUGGUGAUGCCUAAUAAUCAACAAAUGAUGAUGAAAGCUCAAAAGAACGCCAAUCUUGGCGGUGGUUCCACCAAAAACGGCUGUGGCAAAGGUGAAGCUAACGGCGGUAGAAAAGGUGAUUCUGGAGGCGCUGGGAAUCAAAACCAAGGCGGAGGCAAGAACGGCGGUCAAAACGCUGGUGGUGAACAUCCACAAGGUGGUAAAAAUAGCGGUGAAGGCGGUGGUCCAAACACUGCAAAAAAGGUUUACGGCGGAGGUGAUGGACCCAUGACUGGAAGACUUCCGGCCGGUUUCCUUCCCAUGGGAGGUGGAGGACCACCAAACAUGAGCAUGCCAAUCGGUGGUCCAAUGGGUGAUCCCAUGGGAAAUAUUCUGGCCAGUUUAUGUCCCAUGGGAGGAGCAAGACCAUCAAACAUGACUAUGCCAAUAGGUGGUCUGAUGGGAAAUAUUCCGGCGGUUCAUGGAUUACCGGCAACCGGUGCAAGCGGUAUACCCCCAGGUUAUUUCCGAGGGGCAGGGCAAGAUCCCAUGCAAAUGCAGCAGCAGCAACGCCAACAACAACAGUAUUUAGAAGUGGUUAUGAAUCAGGAACGAGCUAUGGAAAACGAACGGUUCCAACCAAUGAUGUACGAAAGGCCACCAUUGGCAGUUAACUAUAUGCCACCGCAAAUACACCUGCACCAAUAUCCGAAUCCGUAUGAUCCAUACCCGUAUCCAUAUCCACCUCAUGGAAAUGAUCAAUACUCUCAUGUCUCUUACGAGGAGAACACAUCAAGCUGCGAUAUUAUGUAA